CGACCUUCCUUUCAUUCCCGUAAUCCGUCUGCGUAGGGUGUGCUCCGGAGCUAGUCUCGGCACACAUUUUAUUAUUAUGAAACAAACCAAAAGCUAGAGAGCACACGCAGACAUAUUUUUAUAAGAAAACUUAAAAAAAAUCGGUGAAGCAGGAUUUGAUUUGCCAAAACCCCAAAGUUAACGGGAAGAAGACGGAAAAACGGAACGUUAGCAAGCUAAAGCUGUUAGCAUUAUUGUUGGAAGCGUGGGCGAUUAGCGUUAGCCGGUUAAACCCGUCACACACACGUUUCCUCGUAUUUUCGGAGAUAGUAGCUCGCUAGAACAUUUGUUUUACUACACUGCCUAAAGGUUGGGGGCUUCUUAAAGCGUCUCGCAAAGGAUCAGUAGUCCCAGUUUGCUGAAAUCCGCCAGCCACAUCGGAGUUGCCACGUCGUUUGAGGACACGAGUCGUCCGCCAUGAAUCCGAGCGCUCCUAGCUACCCCAUGGCCUCCCUGUAUGUGGGGGACCUGCACCCGGACGUUACCGAGGCCAUGCUGUACGAGAAAUUCAGCCCGGCCGGGCCCAUCCUCUCCAUCAGGGUGUGCAGAGACAUGAUCACCCGCCGGUCCCUCGGCUAUGCCUAUGUGAACUUCCAGCAGCCUGCAGAUGCCGAGCGAGCCCUGGACACCAUGAACUUCGACGUAAUCAAAGGCCGACCUCUCCGUAUUAUGUGGUCGCAGCGUGACCCCUCCCUGAGAAAGAGCGGAGUGGGCAACAUCUUCAUCAAGAACCUGGACAAAUCUAUCGAUAACAAGGCCCUGUACGACACCUUCUCCGCCUUCGGCAACAUCCUGUCCUGCAAGGUGGUUUGUGAUGAAAAUGGCUCAAAGGGUUACGGCUUUGUGCACUUUGAGACCCACGAGGCUGCCGAGCGCGCCAUUGAGAAAAUGAACGGCAUGUUGCUCAAUGACAGAAAAGUAUUUGUUGGGCGGUUUAAAUCCCGUAAAGAGCGGGAGGCUGAGCUCGGGGCACGCGCCAGGGAAUUCACGAACGUUUACAUCAAGAAUUUUGGAGAGGACAUGGAUGACGAGAAGCUGAAAGAACUGUUUGGCAAAUAUGGACCCGCACUCAGUAUUCGCGUCAUGACUGACGAGAGUGGCAAAUCCAAGGGAUUUGGCUUUGUCAGCUUUGAGAGGCAUGAGGACGCACAGAAGGCGGUGGACGACAUGAACGGCAAAGAGCUGAACGGCCGGCAGGUGUACGUGGGCCGCGCACAGAAGAAGGGCGAGCGACAGAACGAGCUCAAGCGCAAGUUUGAGCAGAUGAAACAGGACCGCAUGACCAGAUAUCAGGGGGUCAAUCUAUAUGUGAAGAACCUGGAUGAUGGCCUGGAUGACGAGCGUCUGCGCAAAGAGUUUUCUCCCUUUGGAACCAUCACAAGCGCCAAGGUGAUGAUGGAGGGCGGCCGCAGCAAAGGCUUUGGCUUUGUGUGCUUCUCCUCCCCGGAGGAGGCCACCAAGGCCGUGACCGAGAUGAACGGCCGCAUCGUAGCCACCAAGCCGCUGUACGUGGCGCUGGCCCAGCGGAAGGAGGAGCGCCAGGCCCACCUCACCAACCAGUACAUGCAGAGGAUGGCCACCGUCCGCGCAGUGCCCAACCCGGUCCUCAACCCCUACCAGCCCGCUCCCCCCUCCGGCUACUUCAUGGCGGCCAUUCCCCAGGCCCAGAACCGCGCUGCGUAUUACUCUGCCAACCAGCUUGCCCAGCUCCGUCCCAGCCCCCGCUGGGCCACUCAAGGCGUGCGGCCCCAGCAUUUCCAGAACAUGCCCAACGCCAUGCGCCCGUCAGCUCCCAGGCCCCAGACCUUCAACACCAUCCGUGCUACCACGACCACCAACACACAGGUCCCACGCAUGAUGGCCUCCCAGCGCAUGCCCACUCAGGCCCUCAGCCAGCGCCCGGCCAGUGCUUCAGCCACAGCCGCCCCAGUGCGUGCCAUGCCCCAGUACAAAUAUGCAGCCGGCGUGCGCAACCCUCAGCAGCACAUGGCCUCCCAGCCACAGGUCACCAUGCAGCAGCCUGCUGUCCACGUCCAGGGACAGGAGCCCCUGACCGCCUCCAUGUUGGCUGCAGCUCCACCUCAGGAACAGAAGCAGAUGCUGGGCGAGCGUCUGUUCCCUUUGAUCCAGAACAUGCACCCCAGUCUGGCUGGAAAGAUCACCGGCAUGCUGCUGGAGAUCGACAACUCCGAGCUGCUGCACAUGCUGGAGUCACCAGAGUCUCUGCGCUCAAAGGUGGAUGAGGCCGUCGCCGUGCUUCAAGCCCACCAGGCCAAGGAGGCGGCUCAGAAGUCCACCACCCCCGCUGGCGUGCCCAGCGUCUAAGAGCAUUUUGAAACCUGCUUCACCGAUGGAAAAAGAAAAAAAAAAACAAACAUUGAAAAAGCUAAAACUCUGAAAACAUCGCAAAAUGAUAAAUUAUUUCUUAAAAAAAGAAAACGAUUGACUCUGCCAGGUCUAGGGAUGGUUUGACUAGGCCUUGAUCAUAAAGAAAAAUUUGUU